AUGCAAUCUUUUAUUAAGCUUACUACACUUCCGGCCAUCAUCGUCUUGGCCAUCUGGGCUGUCACCAGCAUCGUUAGUAUCUUCCACAAGUCGUCUCAGAAGGCCGCAAAGCUACCACAGAAGUCUUUGCCGAUCGAGCCGCUUUAUGAGUUUGACUGGAAGACUGCCCAGCGGCGACAGUUGCGGCCCUUCAAGCCCACUUACCACAUCACCAUGGCCAUCCAGGCGGAUACCCCAUCGGAGCUCAUCACCAUCGAUGAAGACUACCUCGACCGAGUGACCCUUCGCCGCGACCUCAUCGCCAACCACGGCAAUAAAGUACACGGAUGUGUGCCUGGCGGCGAAGCCGCUGUACAAGAGCUCUACACCUAUCUUCUCACCGAGCACCUCCCCGUCCGCUUCCCAUCCCUGUUCAAGCUCUCCGGCGACAAGUCGUCAUUCACAAACGCAGUCACGGGCAAGACAUUCCCCACGGUUCCGACGGGCGACGCAGAUGCCGCCCUGCGCGUCAUCGGCGAGACGAUCGAAGAGGACGUCUUCCUGCUGCAGCCGUCGCCCGAGGGCCACCGCUCCGUCGCGUUCAUGUGCUGUUUCCCCUCUGGCUUCGACCCGUCGUCCAAGUUGGGCAGAACUCUGAUUGAGAUCCACGCCCCGGUGCCGGCUUAUGAGAAGAUUGGGGCCAGUAUGGAGCGGUUCUUCGGCAAGCUGGAGGUGGGCAAGAGUGUUAAGCGCACGAACUGGUCGGUGCAAACUCACACUGAGCUGUUCGACAGCAGCGCGAACCACAUUACGGGCGACGACCAGUACGAGGCCGACGAAAAGGUCGACAUCAAAAAGACCUUCCUGCGCAUCGAGCUCCAGACACUAACCCGCCUCCCCAAAUCCCAAGCCGUCCUCUUUUCCUUCAAGACGUACCUCUACCCUGUCCAGCAGAUCAAGGACGAGGGCCUCGGUGUCGCAUUUGCGGACGCAAUAGAGGGCCUCCAGAAGGGCAAUGCGCCAGGGAUGUGGACGUACAAGAGCGCUGUGCGGUGGGGGAAGAGCGUCUGCGAGUAUCUACGGGCUUGA